AUGACCUCCACGCUGCAAAGUGUCAAGCAGGCGAAUCAGCUGGGCAGCAGCAGCACACGGACGCUCUUUGCCGGCCUCUUUGGCAACAUGGAAGGUCUGGCGAGCUUUAGUCCGGCGGUAGUGACGGCGGAUUCAGCUGCUGAAGCAGCGAAAAAUAAACCUUCCUCCAUGCCACCACCACCACCAGCACCACCAAAGUCUACUCAGUCAAAGUCUACUGUGAUUGAAGUUGAAUCAGAUGAUGAGAAUGAGGAGGAGACUGAAAAGCAACCUCGACCGCCAAUCGAUCUCUUCAAGUCGAUCUUUGCUUCAGACGAGGAGGAUGACAGUGAUGAGGAAAAGGAAAGGGAAGAAGCUUCUGCAAAGCCGAAGGCCGAUUCAGCAGCAAAGAGUGCGGCAGCGACAGAAAAAGACUCAUCCACUGCAGAAGCUUCAGAAGCGGCUUCAAAUGGAGUUGAGAGGAGGAGGCUCGGUGGUGGAGGUGGCGGUGGAAGUGGCAUCUUUGCCGGAGUCGACUUUGCCCUGCUCAGCCAGAACUUUAAUCCCUUAACUUUUAAUCCCUGUCUGAAGCCUCAAGCUCCAGAGCCAAACAUGAGUUUGCCUACUACUGCUGCUAGCGAACUGGACGACGAUUGCUAUGGUCCUGCUCUGCCACCACCACCACCGCCACCAUCGUCAUCGACUUCCUCGAAGACGGCAACUGUCAACAGCCAUUUAAAUAUCAACCAUCACUCAUUAGCGGGCAAAUCUAGCUCAUCAUCUUCCACGUUGAAAGCAUCAUCAUCGCAUCAUCGAAGCAGUAGUCAUCGUAGCGGUGAUCGCGAUAAGGAGAGCAGCAGCAGCAGCAGCAGAAGCAGGCGGCACAAGGAGAGCAGUAAAAAGAAGAGCAAGAAGAAAAAGUCGAAAAAGAAAAGCGCAUCGAGCAGUUCAGCGAAAUCAUCGUCAAAACAUCAUAAAAGCAGCAGCAGCAGCAGUGGCUCAAGGGAUCGAAAGAGAAAGAACGACAACAGCAGCAGCGACGACGAUGAUUCCUCUUCCCGUGAUGAUGAUGACAGUGAUAGCGAGGCCGGCUCAAAUUCACCUGAAAGCAAACGUCAUAGAAAGAGCGGCGGCGACCCCCACUCGAUUGACACUCAAAUUCUGGAGCUUAUCAAAGCAGGACGCCGACAGCGCUAG